GCCUCGUCGUGCGAGGUAGUAUCGCUGCUGCUGUUACUGCUCCACCACUCGUAUAACAAAUAUACGUUUCUUGCCUCUCCCGAUUAAUCGCGAAUUCCGAGUGUCCAAGUACUGACGAGAGAAGCAAAUAAAGCGGUAACUCUAAACCGGAUUGAAAUCGCAACGAGAUUUUUUCAAAAUUGCGGCUACUAACACGCAUCGGAACAACGGUUCGAAGCUGCGAGCGGUGUUUUCAAGUAAAAAAUACCGGCGUCGAAAACGAAAAUAUCUGAGUGGAAAUUCGACAGGACCGAGGCAUUCUCUUCUCUUAAAAACUUUUUACAAUCGUUGAUCCAAAUGGUUAAAGGUCGAUCGUCCGGAACUUUGUUCACGUACUGAGCGAAAAAUAAAAAGGCAAUAAGCGAAAGAACGGAAUUCGUUAAAAGAAAAAGAAAAUAAAGAACAAAGAGUACAGAUAAAUCCUUCCGUAGUAAAAAGGUCAGAUUUAUUUGCGGGUAAAUAGUCGAUCGAAAAGAGAAAUGCAGUCGGAAACGUCGCGACAGAUGCCGGCCGGUCGCACGUGCAUAUCAGGAUCUUUGCCUGACAUCGCGGUGACGAUGGCAUCGGGCAGGGAAAUCCACGGCGUCUUCAGUUUGAUAGUGGACGACGUGGAUUCGCAAUCGAUAUUAAGCGAGGCGCCAGAUCUCGAUGGGCUGUCGACCGAGAGCAGCAGUUCGCAAAACUCGACGUCACAAACGCCCCUGGACAGUCCUGGUCCCCGAGAGAGAAUAAAGCAGAUGCAGGUGGAGGCGGAGACGCGGCGGGGUGAAUUUGCGAGGUUAUUGGAGGAGCACGCACAGGUUGUACGUCAAUUGAAGAUGAUGGAGGCUGAGGAGCAGCACUCGGCAACAGCGGGCAGCGCGGUCGUGGCGACGAGUCACUCGUGAUUUCGCAAUCUUCGAACGAGCCACAACCGAGGAAGACGACGUCGCCGAGGCCGAGAACGAGAAGGUGGCAAAAUGGGAAAAAUUAGGCUGGGACCAGCGGCAGUGGCAGCAGCAGCAUCGAUGCAAACGCUAGAUUCAAGCAUCCGCGAUCGUCGUUACUUUCGAUCGAGACAAACGCAACAUCCAUUUAUUGGGCUUUCGCUCACACUUUUGCGUCUCGUCGACGCUGCUGACGACUGAUAUUCAUCUGCUUGUUGCAGCUUUUUCUUUCAAUCACUCCCUCCCCCCCCUCCCCUUCGUCUCGCUUGCUGAACACACGCGUUCUGGUUGAACGAGUGCUUAUUCAAAACACGCACUCGCACACACGCACGCGCACACACACACACACACACACACACACGCACACACCAAAAUAAUACAUUGUUUUUAUAAACUUUUGUACAUUCGAUCGAAACAUUGAGCUGUACUAGCCGCACAGUUAAACCUUUGAAUCGAGAAACUUUUUGGAGCUAUCAACUUUGCUUGAUUAUCGAUUCUUCUGACCAGUGGUCGAAGUUAAUUGUAAUAAUGAAAAUUUACCGUAAAGCGUGUCGUUGCAAACGUUCUGAAAAUUCGAUUACGAGUACCUCGAAUUCUGUGCAUACGUUUGAUCAAUUUGUUUCUCGUAUAAGUUUUCCAUUAAUGCGCGCUGAAGAAUGCGACUAAAAAAUGAUUUUUUGAAUGACGAAAAAUCAGGGAAUAAUGUAAAAAGAAAGAAUUUCGGAUGAAACGGCGCAAUGCAAAGUUCAAUUUGACAAUAUAAAUGCAUUUUCGUUUGAAAAUUCGUGUUGACACUCGUUUGGUCAGUAUAUAUACGGCUGCAACGACGACUUGAGUCGGCCACGGCGAUUCUCCCUCGAUCCCCAAUCGAGAUGUAACAAUAGUACGGAAAAAAUGUUUGCGCGUUUUCGCUGCGAAUCGGGUGAGUAAAUAAGUGUAAAUAGCUGAUAAUGCCAAGAGUUUGCGGACUCGGUGGGCAUACGAAUAUGUAAGAUUUUUAGCGGGUAACUUAGAACGUUAUUUUUUCCACGUGAUCCUCCCCCAAGAUCCUGACAAGCGACAAUAAAUGGGAAAAAGGCUUUCGGGCCCGUUGCGCACCUCGAACGGAAGCAACAGCGAGCGGUGCUAUUCAGCGAGAGACACUUUAACGCAAACGAAGAUAAAUAAAUGAAAUUAAAUCGUAGAAGAACGCGAGCGCGUAUCCUACCGCGGCCUAAUAAAACUAACAAUGCUCUGUGCAAAAAUAGAGAAGACGAUAACGCGAAGGCGAGACCACUUUUUUUCAACGUUUCAUCAAACGUGGCUGAGAUAACCGAAGAAAAACAUCGAUGAGUGAGCGCAUGACAUUCUCUGAUUUCGAGAUAAAGUUAAUGAAAAUAUUCAACGAUUUGGAGCACGAAAAUACUCAGGGGAGCUCGGGACGAAUUUUUGUCCAUUUUUACUUGCAGACGCCAAGUGUCUUUGGGGAAGGAAAAAAAAUUGGGCACAACGGGGUAGCAGUCGAAGAAUUUGCGAAAUUUAUUUACCAGUUACUCGUAAAAAGUGUGGCAAAAGAAAUUUAGCAGAGAUACGAAAAUUGGGAAAAUUUUUUAAAUAAAGGAAUUUCAUUUUUGGAAAAAUAUAAUAAAUCGAAAAAUACAUUUUUCGUAAUUUUCAAAGUGCCCCGUCUCGCACCGAUAGAAAAAUUCGUAUUCAAUGAAAUUCUGAUAAAGUGGAGACCGAAUAAAACAAGAGCUUUUCGUAUGGGCAUGCAAAAAACUGAACAUCUUCGCGUACCGUAACGUUUGCGAGGCUCGAGUCAAAUGAAAUUCCGCACACGAGUCGUUCUCGCGAAACUCAGCAACUAAUUUGCUAAACUUUUCAGACGUAUCCUCAUUAUUCGGCGCUUUGGGGUUGCGUCCACAGCGAGGGAGCUCGUAGAAAUCAUAUUCAAACGUUCCCACAACUGAGCAAAAGUUCCAGGGUAUUUUCAAUUCUCGUUCGAGUCGUGACUCCGCUGAAAUAAGAAAAAAAUGAUAUAAAAAACAGUGUUAAAGCACACCAAUUAGAAAGAAAAUGUAAAUUUCUUCAAUUCUUCAAGAAAUCAAUUGAAAUUGAUCGAUCGACGAAGAAAGAGGCGUUCGACGAAGCGUUAAAAAUGAAAUUCCAAAUAAGAUGAAUCGUUGAUCGAAUCGUGCUGUGCAAGGCGGAGAGAAAAAUUCGUUAAAAAAUGCUCAAUCUUUCGAACCGCGAAAAACUGGAAAAUAAUCAGAAAUUAAUGAGAAGCUCACGGGCAAAAAAAUAAUGCCGAGUUCACGAAAAUUGCUCCAUGCAUAAGAAUGAGCGUCGAAUAAUGAAAAAAAACCACACGCAAUAAAAGAAGAAGAAGAAGAAGAAGAAGAAGAAGAGAGGAGAGAAAAGGGCAAUUUUUUUCUAGUAGGGAUUUGAGACACGAAGCAGCCACUCGUUUCAAGGGCCGAUAGUUAAUUAAGGCCACUUGCUGGCUCUUUUCCAUAUACAUAUGUAUAUAAAUCCCUCCCACGCUCCGUACCGGCCGAGUCGAGAUUUUUCAAGGGCGUACGAGACUCUUUUAUGUAAUUCCAUACAGAGAUUUCCAAAUGUACACACACACACACACACACACACACACACACACACACACACACACACACACACACAGUCACGCACAAACAUACUUCAACAUCUUCAUAACAACAUUCGAAAGAAAAGGAGGAUGGCGUAUACGAUGAUGGAAUAUCUUAUCUUCUGUGAAUAAUGCUUUCUUUCCCACAUAGUAAUAUACAUAACAGUGAGACAUGUGUUGCGAGGAUCGAUAAUAAUCCAACUCUAAUUAUAAUGCGAGUAUAAACAAAAAAGAAACUUGAAAAAAAAAAAAAAAAAAACAGGAAUAUUUAGACAUUUAUAUAAAAGUAUGGGCUUCGCGAGAGGAUAAUAGCGUUUGAAAAUGUAGCAAUGUCAUUCGAUAUAGAGGCGUCCUUUUUGUUAAAUCAAUUAAAUAAAUAAAAGAGAAAAAAUACGAUAAAAAAGGAAUGGGAGCGAACCGAGAGAAAAUAAGGAAAGCUGGGAGACAGCCUUGAACGCGGGGGGAUACACAAAACGAGCCUACGACGUAGAAUAGUUGACUGGACUGCGAAAAGAAAAUAAUAAUUUUAGGGUGUGCCUGUAUCGUAGAGGAUAUGUCAUUAUAUUGCGUUUAUAUAACUUAAGGAAAUAAAGAUGAAACACAAAGGAUGAUGAAAACGAAAGGCGUAGACGUUUAAUAUUAAGAACGGGGAGGGGAGGAUCGCCUCGUGAUUAUUUUAUGCACGUCGAGCCCCCGGGUCGCAGAACCCUUCCAUUCAUUUUCAAAGCGAUUUUUCCUUAGCCAAUAAAUCGCUUGAUAUUUAUUUUCUUUUCAAUGCCACGCCGCGAUUAUACUUUUUCGGUCGUGGAAGGCGAAACUUCACGACUUCGGGAGUAACGAACGAGGCUUUUUCUUGAUUGUUCGAAGGAAUGUGCCACGAGUUACUCUCGGAACAGCCAAUUACCUUUUUUACAAACGGUGAAAACUUGGAUCAAAUAUUCCGGCUAUUUUUGUCGCGCACAUUUCUUUUCCUUUCGAUCGAGCCAAAUAAAACGGUUUUCAAUGCCUCAGAAUAUUAGUUGGAAAGCUUCAAGGCUUUUCGUACUGACGAAAUUACCAUGAAGUAUUCCUCGAUAAUUUCUUUCGUUUCGCAUCUUUUCAUCGUCGGUUUUUUAUUCGGUUGAACGUUUAUAAAAAAAAAUGUUUAAUAAUAGAACUGAUAUUUGGUUGGAUUGAAAAAUUUUCAUAUUUCUACCACGAUGCUGCAUAAAAUAUUGAAAAUAUUUGUCAUUUUGGAAAAACGAGUGGUUCAUGAGAAGAAGAAACAAAAAUAUAUAUCGAAACGAAAGCAAUGAGAAAAUUAGAAGUUCGUUCUUGUGUCGUAGAUCGAAUAUAGUAGAAAGGCUUUUGUUGUACAAAAAAAAAAGAUAAAGGGAGGAAUUACGAUAUACCAACAUCGAUUUUCAGCUACACAAGCUCGCGAUAAGACAAAAUAUCUCGUUUCGGUUACAAUUGUUACCACGAACAGGAGAAAAAAUGAUAGAGACCAGAAUAAACAAAGAGGAAGAAUCAGGGGAAAAAAACCGCAUGAGAAUUGUCACGAGUUAGUAAAAUCCAAUAAGACAUGGUUAAAAGGAAUAAAGUCUAGGCGAGAAGAAGCCUUUUUUCGAAUGGCGUAAAAUCGAUUGGAAAAAACCUCAAUGAAAAUGGCGUUAUUAUAGAAACGAGGGAUAAGUCCGUUUCCUUUUUUUUACCACGUUUCACGAUGUGACGUAUAUAUUAUUAUUAAUGAAGAUAGAAUAAUGGAUAUACUUAUAAUAAUCCUUAAGAUUAUUAGUAAUCGUUAUUAGCUGAGGCAUACAAAUAUAUGAAUGAAUAUAUGGAUACGCACGUACAAUAAACUUUUGUAAUAAAACGUUUGUAAAAUGUUAGAGAUGGAGAUCUCGUUAGUAGAUAAUCGUCGACGAUAAUGAUACUCGGGGAAGAACAUUUUUUUCUCGCAAUACAAAAGUUAACGUACUUCGACGCGUUGAGUAUUAAAAGAAACAAAUAUUUCAAAGCCAGCAAAAAUAAAUGUAUGAAUAAAUGUAUUACGCUGAGGUAUAAGCAAAAUUUAAUGCUCCACACCAAUUAGUACAACGGGCACGUUUUAUAGCGAAAAAAUCAUGUAAAUGUAAUAUUUAUAGUUGCCGAUGUAUCGUCGAAAUGACAGAAAAACAAAUAAUAUAUACACAUAUAUAUUUUA